AUGUGUGGUGUUCACAAAGAAAUGCUUCGCACGCCAGUGGACAAAAAAUUACUACUUUUCGAGAAAUACACUCAUUUGAAAAUCAAUUUGGUUUUCGCGAGAGAUUCAGCUGAACCUCUUGAUUAUGAUAUUCGUCAACUCAAUGUGCUGCACACAGGCCGCCUCAUGUUUCAGUUGACACGAUAUUCGAAAUCUCACAAUAGGCGCAGUCCCCGAGUUUCCGUCAACCCUAUGUCCCACUUGAACCCAAAUCGCACAAAAUUAGCGAACUACACUCAUUUGCAAACAAAUUUGGUUUUGCGAGACUCAACCGCAACCCAACUGAACCUCUCGUUUGUGACGUUUUCAGGCAACUGA